AUGCCACGACGAGGACGUACAGCAUCGCCACCACCAGCAGCUCGCAGAGCGCCUAUGGCAGCAGCACCAGCUCCAGCUCCGGCCCCUAAACAACCAGUCGUGCAGCAUGCAGCCCCAGCGGCCGUCGCCCCACCUAUGGCUGCUCCAUCCCAGGGUCCGGGUCUGAUGGCGCAAAUGGCGGCAACAGCGGGUGGUGUUGCCAUCGGUUCAGCUGUGGGUCAUACCGUGGGUCAUGCGCUGACGGGAAUGUUUAGUGGUUCCGAUUCAAAAGAAGCUGCACCGGUUGCGGCUGCCCCACAACAGUACGCACCCGCACCAGCACACCAGGCUGGUGAGACGGGUCCGUGCGCUUGGGAGAUGAAACAAUUUUUAUCCUGCGCCCAAAACCAAUCCGACUUGACGCUUUGUGAAGGAUUCAACGAGGCGUUGCGUCAGUGCAAAGUGCAGCAUCAUAUGUAA